UCUUGAAGUUUAACCAUGAUGAAGCUUUUGCAGCGUUUCUCUAUUUCACGAGCCACUUGCGGGCGAAAACCAUCAUUGUCAAAGAAAUUGUCGCAGAGGAAGGCAGGAACUUUCACCGAGAAACACAGGAAAAAAAACUGCUAACCACAAAAAGUGCACAGCGCUGAAUUCUUGAAACUCGAAAUUGAUUUAGUGACCAUGUGUGACAAAUCGUUGUUUGUUUGCAACAUUGCUGGCAUUGCAAUUGCGCUACUGUCAAUGUGUGCAASUGCCAGUGCAGCGGCUGCCAACGACACGUACGUGAGCUCCGCUGCUGCGGCGGGYUCAAGUGCGGUGCCASCACCGGAUGAGGCACUCAUCAUUGCCACCGAAGUGCAGCAGUUCACCAGCGCAGCGCURCUGAAAAUCGAUAAUGUGCUGGURCACAAACUGCCCGGGCGGAUGCACGCCGAGGGUGAAGCGUUGCGUGCCGARGCGGUGCAACAGUUCGAACAGUGCGCACAGUUGGCCACAAGCAAAGAGCAAAUUUGGCGUUUUAAGGAAUGUGGCGGGGAAGAGUUGGGUCGCGUAAUGCAGCGACUUGGCUUACUGAUUGAGCAGGCGUAUAGCGGCGGGCCGAGUGUGGCGGGGCAUGCCUUUUGGUGGAGUCUCUUGAAAUUAGUUGGAUUCUUGUGAAAUCUUGCAUGCCGCUUUGAGACUGCACAUACAGCACGUGUGCGGAAAUGCAGCGCUGAUUGUGUUAGAGAGAGAUAGAAAGAGAGAGUUACUAAGGUUGURUGAGCUGUGUAUGUUGCAAGAAUUGUUAGAUAACUCCAAUAAUAUUAUUUGAAAUAUAUAAUGUUUAUGAUAAAUUAAUAUUAAAUAAAAAUAAAUCAUUCGAUCAUUCGCUCCGAUUAGAA